GUGUGUGUGUGUGUAUAUCGCUACGCCAUUAUUUAGUGUGCGAAGCAUGCGUUAAGUGCUUGGCAAGAAAACGCAGGUUUUUGACAUUUUAUUGAAAAGAUAUUAUAUUAUUUUCUUAUAUUUUGCCAAUUUCGUCUUCGUUUAAAUAAUUAUUCUACAUGAAAUUGUAAAAUGAUUACCGAUUGUCAAUCAUUCACCGAUCUAAAUCUUAAUUCGUGGAUCAUUACUCAAUGCAAUUCUAUGGGAUUGAAGAAACCUACACCAAUUCAGCAACAAUGUAUUCCGCGUAUACUUGCUGGCGAUAAUUGCAUAGGAUGUGCAAAGACAGGAAGUGGUAAAACCCUUGCUUUUGCACUUCCUAUAUUACAGAAAUUGUGCGAAGAUCCUUAUGGCAUUUUCGCUCUCAUAUUAACGCCUACAAGAGAACUUGCAUUUCAAAUAGCUGAUCAAUUUGCUGUUAUUGGAAAAUCAAUCAAUUUGAAAAAAUGUGUUAUUGUCGGAGGAAUGGAUAUGAUGGUACAAGGUUUAGAAUUAGCAAAAAAACCACAUGUAGUCGUGGCAACUCCUGGACGAUUAGCGGAUCAUAUAGAAAGUUGUAAUACAUUUUCUCUGGAAAAAAUUAAGUUCUUAGUAUUGGAUGAAGCUGAUAGGUUAUUAGGUGGAUCUUUUGAUAAACAACUGAAAGUUAUACUUCCAACUUUAUCUAAAGAAAAACAAGUUUUGUUAUUUAGUGCUACAAUUACAGAUGCUCUUGAUAAAGCAAAACAUCUUGCCCCUGGGAAGGUGUUUAUGUGGGAAGCAAAAGAUGAAUCUGGUAUUGCUACGGUAAAAGAACUUGAUCAACGUUAUGUUUUGUGUCCUAAAGAUGCUAUUGAUUCUUUUCUUGUAGAAGUUGUAAGAACAUUUCGCACAACAAAUGAGACUGGAUCCAUUAUGAUAUUUACAGAUACUUGCAAGAAUUGUCAGUUAUUAUCUAUGACAUUAAAUGAAGUAGGAUUUAUAAAUGUUGCACUUCAUGCAAUGAUAAAACAGAAAGAACGUUUAGCAGCUCUUAAUAAAUUUAAAUCAAAUCACAUAAAAAUUUUGAUAGCAACUGAUGUCGCGGCAAGAGGCUUAGAUAUAACUGGCGUAGAAUUAGUAAUUAAUCAUACGAUACCAAAUGUACCAAAAGAGUAUAUUCAUAGAGUUGGUAGAACAGCAAGAGCAGGUAAAGGUGGUAUGGCAGUUAGUCUGAUAACACCGUAUGAUAUAAAAUUAUUACAUGCAAUUGAAAGUAUUAUUGGAACAAAAUUAAUUGAAUACAAAAUAGAUGAUGAAGAAGUUGUUACAAUCUUAACUCAGGUAUCCGUAGCAAAAAGAGAAGCAGAAAUAAAAUUAGAUGAAGCUGACUUUUAUGAGAAAAAAAUAAUUAAUAAGAGAAAACAGUUACUCUUGGAAGGGAAAGAUCCAGAAGAAAUAGAUUUAAUUUUACAGAAACAUAAAAAACGUCGAAAAUUGCAAAAAAGAAAAAAAGAAAUAUCACAUAACGAAAAUAGAUAAUACAGAUUGAAUUACACAUUUUUAAUAAUAUAAAUAAAGUUGACUGUAUAAAGUAUAUAUUAGUAUUUAAAACGAUGAUUUGUAUUAUAAAAAAGGAUCUACAUUACUUACAAGAAAAAGUGCUGGACUCCGUAUCAAAUUUGUAUGAAACAUCUGACUAGAGCGAAGAUUGCAACAAAGGAUUUUUAGGAAAUAUAGCACGUGGCGUGCCUAUAACAAAUUCACUAAUAUCUGCAGCACUGUCCCAUACAUGACCAAUAAUUCUAUCAAUAACAUUAUUAUAUUUUUCACGAUUGCUAUGUACAUAAGUUAAAACUUCGCCCCAUAAAUAGCCAGCCACAGAAAAUCCAUGCAGCAUAAUUUGUUGAUAAUCCUGAUUUUCUUCUAAGAAUGUCAACAAAUCUGCUGCAAUUAUCUACAAGUAAAAUGUAUUCAAUGUAAUUAAGUGUCGUAUAAUUUAUAUAUUAUUUAAUAACUCACUCUGGAUCCUUUUUCAGGCCACAUAAGCUGCCAUGGAGUGAUAGUUACUAUCGUAAUAUCAAAUCCGUGUUGUAAAUACAAAUCAGUAAAUUUCAUAUAGUGUUUCUCUUUAGCUAGAAGCCAA